UGUGUGUGUGUGUGUGUGUGUGUGUGUGUGUGUGUGUGUGUGUGUGUGUGUAUGCAUGUAUGCAUUUAUAUACACGGUAUAUAAACAUAUAUUAUAUAUGUUUUAGAUAUUAUCGACAUAAUGUGUAUCCAUUAUUAAUGCGUCCUUUAGAGAAAACCACGAAGGCCGGAAGGAGGAGCCGGAUGAGCAGGGCGAAGGCGUCUUCGCGAGGCUGCUCCUUCAGGGCGUGGAAAGGCCCUCGGUACAUGUAUAUGUUUCUUGUUCUUCCUUUCGUUAUUUCGUUGCCAGCGCUCACUCAUGACAGCUGCGCCCUGGCCCUCCACGGCCCAGGACGAGGCCCUUUCACAGGGGUCGCCGGGUUCGGGCGCCGUGGAGGAGCAUCGACGUGACGCUGGGGCUCAGGGCGGGGCUUCAUCCGUUCAGUUUGUCGUUCUUUCUUUGUGGAUGACGGCGUCACGGUCCCUUGCUUUAACGGUGCCAUCGUUUAGGGCUGUGUGAACUCACGCAGAUUUAUGAUCCCACAAACGCGCAGAGAUGAACUCGUGGAAAUCCUAUUGGACGAAAGGGCUAGGCACGCGGAGGAAAAGUAUUUAGGGGAGGAAAGUUUUCGGUGGACGCACGAGAGCUAUUGAGGCUGAGGCAUUGCAAAAGCAGGUUUUACCAAGACUCAGGCGAGCCCUGUAGUGAGUGCAGGAAACGAGCUUUGCAUUAGCAAGGGCCAAGGGCGGGUUCAGUGGCCCGGAGGCGGGUGGCGGAGAGGGCGGCGCCGGCUCGAGGGAGGGACUGACGGCGGUGUUUUAUGUUGCAGUAUGACGAGGCCGAGCUCGAGGCCCGGGCGCCGGGCGACGGCUUGUACGGCGAGGCAGCGGCGGCGGCGGCAGCAGCAGCAGCAGCGGCAGCAGCAGGGCAUGGCGGCGUCGGUGGCGCCCUGGACGGCUUCCCCGCGGGUAUUACCUCGCAGGCCUUGCUGUGCCCACACUGCGGCCGCGGCUACACCCACCGAUCCACCCUGCGGCGGCACCUGCUGUCCCACACGGCCGACAAGCCGUACGCGUGCGGCAUGUGCGGCUACCGCGCCAUCCAGCGCUCGGACGUGACGCGCCACAUGCGCACGCACACGGGCGAGAAGCCGUACCCGUGCCCGCACUGCCGCCACCGCGCCUCGCAGUCCGGCGACCUCGACCGCCACAUCGUCGCCGUGCACUCCGACCUGUGCCUGGAGUGUCGCGUGUGCCCCCACCGCGCGCCCACGGAGGCCAGCAUGGUCAUGCACAUGAGGAAGAAGCACGCCUAGCCUCUCCGCGCCUGCCUCGCCCGCGGGACGCCCGCGCCUCGCGAAGGGGCGCCGGAGGAGGCGCCUCUUGGGCUUGUGGGCCGCGGGUCCGCCUCGCGAGGACCUCGGCUUCUCCGCCUCUCCUCGGUUUGAUCUGCCUUCGCCGCUGUCUCCUCCUCCUUCCUUGCCUUCUAUUCCCUGCUCUCCCUUGCCCUUCGUCCUUAUUCCAUCUCUGCGUCUCCUCUCUUCUCCCUUUUCCUCUUCCGGUUUCCAACUCUCGCGUUUUCUCGUACCACACGCGCACACGCACACUCACGCACACGCACACGCACACUCACGCACACGCACACGCACACGCACACUCACACUCACGCACACGCACA